CAUUAACCAACGCUUCGUAGUUCAUACCAACCUAUAUGUAGAGGGCGAGGAGCGAGAAGAAGAAAACAACAAAAACAGGGGGAGAGAGAGAGAGAGAGAGAGAGAGAGAGAGAGACAGGCAGGGAGAGUAGUGGAGUGAAAGAAAGCCCUCUCUUUUCUUUGCUUUCUCUGAUUUUUCUUUCAUCGUUGAAGAUAUAUUUUGUUUCUUUUGCCUUUUCCUUUUGGGUUUUUACCUUUUACAUCACCGGAUGGGGAGGCUGGAUCAAUGAUUUCCGGCCAGAUUGAGGAAGAAAGAGAGUUUGUUUCUCCAGGAUUUUUCCUAUUAAUGGACUUUUUUCUGUAGUGGGGGAUCAAAAAGGUGCGACCUUGAUGGGGUAUAGGGACUAUGCAGGGAUAGGGAGUGGAAAGAAGCAAAGAAGGAGAAAUCAUGGCUGAUGUGAAAGAAGGGAGGCAGGGGAACCAUCCUUUUCCUGUCCCCUCGUCUGGUGAAAUCCCUGUGCCUCUGGGCUUCUCCUCGAGUGGCUUCUUCUAAAGCUGCGGUUUUGAUGGUUCCUGGGGCGGGUGCAGUGAAGACAAGAGAGUUGAAAAUAGUGAGUAGCUGAGGAUUGUAGGAGAGUCAGAUCACAUCUUCCACCAUCCUCUUGCGUGUCUGAAGCUUGGAAGGAGAGUUCGGGGAAGGAUGGCCAAGCGAUGGGUCUCCUUUGCUGAUGAUAAGCAAUGCAUGGGUCGCCGAAGGUCGAGGAACGUUUUGCUGGUUCUAACUCUUCUCUGUUGCGUCAGUUGCUCGAUGUGGUUGUUUUGGGGAUCUGGGAGCUGGGGGAUUUUGGAGAAGUUGGGAGGUAGGGAUUUGCGGUAUCCGAGAAAGCAGAUCCUAUUUGAUCGAUUCAAUAUCAGCAAAUAUCAUCUGCGUUCCUUGGCUUUGCUAAUAUCAUCACUGGAGCAGGAAAGAUUCUUCAAGUGCAUGAACAAAUCUAUAGAUGAUGUGAAGCUCAGCAGUAGCCUCCUACAUACUUUAGCAGAAAUAAAUGCAGAGGUGGAUCAUAACCAAGGUCAGGAAAACCUUAUAGGGAGUGACAUAUUCUUUGAAGGAAGGUGUUUGAUGCAAAUUGGCUGUGAUGGUGCUGCAAAAUCAUCUCUUCCAGAUAAUAUACCUGAAAAAAUAAUGCGUUCUUCAGCAAACAUGGAUGCAAUAUUUUUAAAGGACUCAGAAACUCUGCCAUAUGAAAGGGAAUUGGUAAAUUCUUCGCAGGACCAUCAUAGAGUAUUUUCAGAAAUGUUGUUUGACAUGCUUCCUAUGCUUAUAGUAGCCGUAGGUUUCUUUUCUAUUGGAUUUGCUUUUGGAAGAUUCACAAAGUCUUCACAUAAACAGUUUCGGCAGCAACAACAUUACAGACAACAUUCUAAGGGCAGUGGCAAAUGGAGUAAAAAGUUAUUGUUUCUAGGCAUCAUAUUUGGGCUGUCUGUCGCCUUGUGGAUAUUUGUGAGCAUGAAUGCAACAAUUACUGAGAGGAGGAAAGAGACUCUUGUUAACAUGUGUGAUGAAAGAGCUAGGAUGCUGCAGGAUCAGUUUAAUGUGAGCAUGAAUCAUGUGCAUGCUUUAGCCAUUCUAGUCUCAACUUUCCACCAUGGAAAGCAACCUUCUACAAUUGAUCAGCAAAUAUUUGCUGAGUACACAGCAAGAACAGCAUUUGAGAGGCCACUGAUGAGUGGUGUUGCCUAUGCUUUAAGAGUAUUACAUGAAGAGAGGGAGCAGUUUGAGAAGAAGUAUGGAUGGAAGAUAAAAAAGAUGGAGACAGAGGACCAGUCCCUGGUUAAAGAUGACUUCAACCCUGAGAAGCUGGAUCCCUCGCCUGUUCAAGAUGAAUAUGCACCUGUUAUUUUCUCACAAGAAACAGUAUCUCACAUUGUUUCAAUUGAUAUGAUGUCCGGCAAGCAAGAUCGUGAAAACAUACUGCGAGCAAGGGCUAAUGGGAAGGGGGUCUUAACUUCUCCUUUUAAUCUGUUAAAGUCCAAUCAUCUAGGUGUGGUGCUAACAUUUGCAGUGUAUAACACUAGCCUGCCUCCCAAUGCAACACCAGAGGAACGCAUUAGAGCUACUGUAGGAUAUCUUGGGGCAUCAUUUGACGUCCCUUCUCUGGUGGACAAACUUCUUCAUCAGCUUGCCAGCAAGCAAACGAUAGUUGUUAAUUUGUAUGACACAACUAAUGUUUCUGCGCCUAUUAGGAUGUAUGGCCCUGAUGCUGCUGGUGCUGGUGAAAUGUAUAUUAGUGGUGUUGAUUUUGGGGAUCCAAUCCGUAAACAUGAAAUGCAUUGCAGAUUUAAGCACAAGCCUCAGUUGCCUUGGUCAGCAAUAACAAUGUCAGUAGGGGUAGCAGUAAUUGUUCUCCUAGUGGGGCAUAUAUUUCAUGCAGCUCUAAACCGUAUUGAGGAGGUGGAAGAUGAUUAUCGUAUAAUGAGCGAGCUAAAAGUUCAAGCAGAAGCUGCUGAUGUAGCCAAAUCCCAGUUUCUGGCAACAGUUUCACAUGAAAUCAGGACACCCAUGAAUGGUGUUUUAGGUAUGUUGCAGAUGCUGAUGGACACUGAACUUGAUGAGACACAGCAAGAUUUUGCAAAGACUGCUCAAUUAAGUGGAAAGGCUCUAAUUGCUCUUAUAAAUGAGGUUCUUGAUCUUGCUAAGAUAGAAUCUGGCAGGCUUGAGCUAGAGGCUGUCCCCUUUGAUCCUCGUGACAUCCUUGACAAUGUGUUAUCUCUAUUUUCUGACCAAUCACAAGCUAAAGGCAUAGAGAUGGCAGUGUAUGUAUCGGAACAAGUUCCAGAAAUAUUGAUUGGAGACCCAGGGCGGUUCAGGCAGAUUAUUACAAAUCUCGUUGGAAACUCAGUGAAGUUCACAGAGAAGGGGCAUAUAUUUGUCUCAGUUUAUCAUAUUGAAGAAGUAAGGAAUAUGGAAGAUGACCAAUGUGAAACACUGAGUGGGUGUCAGGUAGUAGAUAAACAAAAAAUCUGGGACAAUUUUACAUUGUUGAAAUCUUCAACUGAAGGUGAUAAUGCUAUUAACUUGAUAGUCACUGUUGAAGACACUGGUGUGGGAAUACCACAAGAUGCUCAAAGCCGUAUUUUCACACCAUUUAUGCAAGCUGACAGUUCUACUUCACGGACAUAUGGCGGGACAGGAAUAGGCCUGAGCAUUAGCAAAUGCUUGGUAGAUCUUAUGGAAGGAGAAAUUGGCUUUGUCAGUCAAUCUGGGAUUGGUAGUACAUUUUCUUUCACUGCUGUAUUCAAGGAAGCAAGCAAAAGUUCAGGAGACAUAAAGAGGCAUUAUACUGAUUCUAUUCUGUCAAGUUUUCAAGGUCUGAGAGCUUUGGUUGCUGACGGGAGAUGUAUCCGUGCUAGAAUUAUCAAGUAUCAUCUGCAAAGAUUAGGAAUACUUGUUGAUGUUGUAACUAAACAACAAAAUGCUGUUCAGACCAUAGUGGACUGUUGCAGUACCAGCGGGAGGAGUCAUAUAGACAUGUUUCUUGUUGACAAGGAUGCUUGGGGUGAGCGGUCAGGCAUUUCAUUUCCUCGGUUUCUUUCAGAAUCCUUGAGAAAUGGUGUAGUGAUGCACAAAGAACUUCAACCAAAGAUGUUUCUGAUAGCGACUUCCCUAAACCCUACUGAGGUUUAUGACCUGAAGUUGGCAGGAUAUGUUGAUAGCAUGCUGAAACCACUGCGCUUGAGUAUGAUUGUUGCUUGUCUGCAGAAAGCACUAGGCAUGAGUCAGAAGCGGCAGCCCACCAAGGCGAAACCAAUGACGCUUCAGAGUAUUCUCAGAGGAAAAAACAUCUUAGUUGUCGAUGACAACCUAGUGAACCAAAAAGUUGCUGCUGGUACCCUAAAAAAGUUUGGCGCAAUAGUUACAUGUGCUGACAGUGGAAAGGAAGCUAUUAGAAGGCUACAACCUCCACACAAUUUCGAUGCUUGCUUUAUGGAUGUCCAGAUGCCGGAGAUGGACGGCUUUGAAGCCACUCAAAAAGUUCGAGAGAUGGAGAACACGGUAAACAAGUUAAUAGAGUCUGGAGAUGUAUCACCGGAGAUAUAUGGCAAUUCCCGCUGGCAUGUACCUAUCUUGGCUAUGACAGCAGAUGUAAUUCAGGCAACACACGAACAUUGCCUGAGCAAGGGUAUGGAUGAUUACGUCUCGAAGCCUUUCGAAGAACAACAGCUCUACUCUGCGGUAGCACAUUUUUUUGAGUCCGAUACGAUAGAUAGAAUUUCAUAACAGAAAUGAUGCCUUCUAAGAGUCUAGGCUGGGUUUGUUCUAAAUCUACAAUCAUAAAGAGAUCAAGUGAGAAAAGAUAAGGAACUGACGCACAUAUGGGUGAGCUAUAGAUCAGGAUAUCAUUAGCUGAAGCUUGGCUAACCUUAUGGCUACUCUCGUUCGGUAUGUCAUCUUUCUCUCAAGGUGUUCACCAUAUAGCCUUCUAAUGUGUUGUAAUGAGCAGUAGAGGAUUAUGCUUCUUUCUUAGCUGAUAAGCUAAUCGAUACUUUUAUUCAGGAUUAGCUGCCAGCUCUACAUUAAUAGAUCAUAUUAAAGAUAAAUUAUGAUUGAAGAGGUUAUGCUUAAUCCUUCCAGUUCGAUGAUAAAUUAUUGCUUUUAAAGGGAGAUGUUGUAUUCUAAGUGUAAAGAAAUUCGUGUGUUUAUGCUUCAGAGGUUUGGUGUAAGGAAAUAGGCCAUUUUUGAUGUUGGAGAGGAUUGUUUGUUACCAUGACUUUUUUGUUUUGAUCAAAUAUUGUAAAUCCUUUGGAUCUUUGUGAUAUAUAAUAAGAUUUUUCUUCUAA